CUGCUUAAAUUACGCUUAAAACUGCUUAGUUAUGAACCAUAUUCCCAUUUUAAGUAACUCUAAGCGAAAAAGUGAUUGAGUUUGAAAAAAGAAGGCUCGAAAAAAAGAAUAGUAAAUACCGGUACCAUAUCAAAUUAUUUUAAGACUUCCGCGAAGAUUGCGUUACUUCGAUUUGGAAUUCGUCAGUGGGCUAAAUUCUUGAAUCAACACUGGUCUGAUAGCAGCCACACGAUCGCAAGUGGUUGAGAAGAGAGCUAAGUUAUCGUGGUAUUAUCUCACUGCUCAAGGCCAGGCUUGCCUGACUGCUGAACCGAUUCUCAAAAGGGUAAUCUUACUCUAGAAAUGGAUGUGGCAUGUAGAUAUAUUCUUCAUCAAAACGUGCCUGAGGUAUGAAGUCAUCACGGAAUUAUUACUUAAUGAUCUGGGGGUUCCCCUAAGUUGUUAUAUAGUCUCGAUGCUCUAACGACCUUUUCAUUAUCGUUUCUGUUAAGGGAGUUGAGCACUGCCUCGUAACUUGAUGGACGUUUCUGUGGUUGUUGGUAUCAUUCUGUUCACCAUUUGAGAUGGCCACAUACGACGAUACCAGCGACUCAAGCUAUGGAGAAUUUUCUGACGUGCCAAGCAGACGCCGCAAAGUUGUCUUCAAAAAGUUAAACGUCAAUAUAAAUGGAGGUGGUAACGUAGCGGUCGGCCCCCGUGCUCGUAUCACUGGUGCCCCAACGAAUCAACCAACGGUUAUUUCAGAAGAAGACAGAAACACCAGCACUCCACAGAACCACGAAAUUGAUGAGAGCCUCAGCUAUUACGCUAGGAAUAUUGAAGAGGAGUACUGUCCCCGUAAUUAUUAUCAACAAACAAAUGUGGGAGAUUGGACUUCAAAACCAAUCAAUGGAAUUCUUAUCCAAAAAGGUGAAAACGAUUUUCAGUGGUCCGUCGAAUCCUUUCUUGAAAACCCAGAGAAGUUUAUGCGGGAAAUGGACACUUCCGCUGGUUCACUGAAGGAGGAAAAAGAAUUUUUUAUACUUCGCUGUAUAUUGCCAUACCUGGAACGAGAAAUGUGGGGCAAAUCUGGUGCAAACAACAUUGAUGUGUACAGGGUCCUUGCUCAAGUAAGCAGCAGCCAAGGUUGCGGUGACGUUGCAAAGCACUCUUUACAACAACUUCAGCAUCUGCUAUACAGGGAUUCCAUUCAGAGUGCUAAGCAAAAUUUGUUGAGUGUGGAAAAGAUACUGCGAUUGACCAUCGUCUCCCAAGACGGAGCAUUCAAGGAGGAGGCAGACUCAAUACGACUUCUUAGGCUAACAGUAUACGGCUGCAUACUAUCGGAGUUAAUCAUUCACCAGAAUCAAGCAGGGUUCUCUAAAAUUGACGCAGAGAACAACUUGAAACAGCUCCUGGAAAUUAAAAACUAUUUCAGUAAGAUGACCUUGAAAAAAAAAGACAUUUUAAGAUACUCUAUUGAGUUCAUCCAGGAGGCCAUUAGUUAUCUUACGCGGCCACCUAAUAAGAAAGUGGGUUCAGAUUUGGGAAAUUACCUCGAGGAAUGCAAGAGAUACUGUGCAAAUUCGGACACUCCUAAUGAGGAGUUGUCACUUCUAAAAAAGGUGAAGAGAUCCGGAGUGAAAUGGUGCGAGCUGCAUUGUAUAUUUUAUUAUCUGCACGGGAAGGUCCACACGGAACGUCCGGAGCAGAUUAACAAAGAGAGAAGGACCAUGAAACUUUUAAGGCUGGUGUUAAUGGCUCGUCUUGAUGGUGGAGGAGGAAAUGACUGGAGGUUUUGUUUGCAGGUGGCAUCUAUACUAUCAGAGAUUGCAAUGAAGAAUGCGACUAAAGCAUUGAGAUUCGAAGCUAGUUUAUGUCUGGUUCAUCUUCGCAAAGAUGAAAAGGCAAGGAAGAAACCAGAGUGCAGAGCUAUUGUCGACCGCUUCUCUAGAGGGAUGCUGUUCUGUCCUGACCGUUCCAUCAAGAGAUUAUUUGUACCUCAUUUCUUUGACAACCAAAGUGACCAGCACAUGCUUCCAACAGAACUCCACAAUCAGCACCUGGUGUCGUGUUACAAGACACACACUUUGGAAAUUGACAACAUGGUAACUACUAGGCCGAGUAACGUGACCUCGAGCUGUUUUGUCAGCCACGGCGUGUUAAAACGCCAAGAAGUGGCCGUAAAAGUCUUAGCCGUCUCCAAGAAGGAUCUCGUGGAGGAAGAAACGUCAACACAGUCGGAGGCGAAAAAGCGACUACGUGCAGAAGCAUACAACCUGUGGCAAUUAAGCAAUCUAAGGAAGCAUCCAAACAUUCCUUGUCUUCUCGCCUACAACACAACAGCCUUUCCUCAUCACAUAAUAACUUCAUAUGAAAAGUACGGCAACCUUCUCCAAUUUGUAAGAGGCUCAAGGGAACGCAAGCCUCUGUCGUCAGCUGCUCUUUACAAAAUGAUAAUUGGAGUAACAGAAGCCCUCCUAUACCUACACCAAGAGCUUAAUUUGGUUCAUCGAGCUGUUACGGCGGAAAACAUUCUAGUUGGCGAUGGCUAUUUUGCCAAGCUUAGUGGAAUGCACUCUUUAGGGGUGCUGCAGCACGGAAUAAACAAGGAAGUCACAUCUUUAGGUGACAGAUCAUCUGGCUACGAAUACGCUUUGGACUACGAUGGCUUAAAAGAAUUUAAAGGCGAAAGUGGUGAAACACUGCCGGUGAGAUGCAAAGCUCCAGAGACACUAUCAAGAAAUUGUUACUCCAUUCCCUCUGAUGUGUGGGCCUUUGCAGUCUUUGUCUACGAGACGCUCACCUUAGGUUGUCGCCCAUAUAAAGACAUACAAAGAGACGAAAAUGUCGUCGAUUAUGUUUUGCAAAAGACCGACGAGGGAAUAUUACCGCAGGAAAGUUGCAUCGAAGAUGAUGAAUACAACCUUAUGAAGCAGUGCUGGAAAAGAAAAAGGGGUGAAAGAAUCGGCUUGUUUGAGCUCAAAGAACAAUUCCAAUAUAUGCGAUCAAAGAUAGUAAGCUCAGGUGAAGAGAAACCGCGGCUUGACCCACCAAGUCUCGAGAUGAGCAUUGAAAGUGAACCUCAACAAUCACAAGAAUCAACUGAUUCUGUGCUGUAUGAAACCGUUCCAGACUACAGCGACAUUGAAUCGACUUCAGGAACCAUCUACGAAGAACAAUAUGACUAUGCAGAAGUUACAUACGAGCCUCAAGGAUAUGGUACUCCUGAAACACUUGUAGAUCUACCAACAAAUUAUCAACAGGAUGCCAUAAAAGAGAAAAUCGCUGGAGGAGAUAAACAGCACCUGAGAAGAUUGCUAUGUCUUAGCAAUAGUUUUCUUCUUCCUAUCAGCCGGAUAGAACAUUUAGAUUCCCGCAGUCCAAUCGUUGACAUCAUCUCGCCAAGAUUACCCUAUGGAAAUUUAAAGGAGUUUGUUCUCAGCAGAAAAUGUCAGUGGGAAGAUAUCAACACAUUCCUCUGCCAGGUUGCUACAGCUUUACACUAUCUUCACGUAAAUCAUAUCUUGCACGGAGAUCUUCGUGCUGAAUACGUUUAUGUGGUGGCACCAAACAAGGUCCAGGUUGGCCGGCUUGGUCGCUCUAAAUCUCUACCAAUGAGUGUCUAUGAAGCCACUAGUACGUCAUGUGUCGUAGAGGCUGUCAUACCUUCUGAUUCCGUUCGUUGGAGCGCGCCAGAGGUAAUCCAAGAGAACCACUACACUCACGCUAGUGAUGUGUGGGCGUUUGGAAUCUUUGCAUGGGAAUUGUACUCUGCGUUCGCAGCUGGUCAACAGAAUAGAAUUGCUGCACUACCCUACUACAAUAUUCCGGCAGAUAAGAUUCUAGAUCAUAUGAAAGAAAACGGACCUCUUGACCAACGAAGCAGCUGUCCUCAUUGGGUUUACAUUUUGAUGCAUCAGUGCUGGACAUACGAACCAACGCAGAGACCUCCUUUUAUUGCAAUUAUUGAUUGUCUCUCAAGAAGGGAACCGAUGCUGUCGUGGAUAAUGACAUUGUGGCUCAACAGACAUGAGAAGAGUGAAUGGCCGGUUUUGCCAGUAUCUCAGCCUGAAGAUGCAAUUCACGUGACGAACUCUGAGGAACACCCAUCUAGAGAAGAUAUCGAGAAAAUGUGUUCUCAAGGAUUUUUUACUCAUCACAAAUACCUGUAUGUCGACAGCGUUCGCCAAAACGAGACCGACACCGCUGAGGUAUACGAAUACGACUACACGAAUUCUCAGUUGCCACCGCCACCGAGUUCCCCUGCAUUCCGCCAGUCAACCUCAAGUAAUCACUCUGAUGGAGUGUCCAACGAUGCUGACGAGCAUGAAACGAACCAGGUGAAUAGCGCGAUAAAAAUGGUGUUUGAAGAAGCCACCUAUCGGAUAAUAAGAAAUGAGGAACAUACGGCUGGUUCAGUUGGGAGCACCGAUUCGAUUUCUUCCGGCCCUGCCGAAGCCUCCAAGGUUUCCAACGUGGACCGACAUCCUCAAAAUCACAUUGAUGGCAUUGCUUGCACUUACUCAUCGGAUGGUGAUUUUUACGACGAGAUAAAUGUAGACGAACCUUCUUCUGAUGAAGCGACCGGUAGGGCUAAGGGCCACGCAACUGGUGCUAAAAGUGCCAAGGAUGACUCUGAGGGUGGGCACAUCAUGUAUGAAAACGCAGGGUACAAAGAUCUUGUUUUAAACAGGGAGCAUUACAUGUCACUGGGAAAUAACCAGGAGGAACCCAAAAUGCUAGGUUAUAUCAACGUUCUAGCUGAGGAGACCGGUGUACCAUCGUCCCACUCAGAAAGCGGCAACAAAGGCACUCCUGUUGAUCUCUACGUGUGCGUGGACCUAAUUUACCAAGCUCCUCGGCAAGGAACAAAAGACAUAGCCACCACAGAAUCCUUAAGUUGUAAUGAACAUGAUCCUAACACGGAGCACCAGCCAAGCUUCGAGGUCUAUGAAGAUAUGACCAUUCAACUUUUAUUAAAUGAUGCAGAGAGCCUUUACCAUAGAGAAGUCCAAAGAAGAAAAUAUGAAGAAAAAUUACAAGAAAGCUGGUAUGAAAACCAGAGUUCACCACUUGAGCAAGUACUCUUUCAAGAACAUUUAAAUGUGUAUGCAAACGAUUUGACAAAUUUAGAUGUGGGCUUUGGAAGUUCUUUGCAUUUAGCUAUGAAAUCCAUCGGGUCAAGGUUGGUAGAGUGCGACAAGGAAACUUCGUUAUGACCUUUUAUCUAUCGUAAUAAUUUCAUAUUUUUGACACAGUUUUCAUAGAAGUAAAGUUGUUCAGGCUGGUGACUAUGGUAAGGUGUGACAGGGUGAUCAAUCAGAGCAAACACACCUAGCACCUUCAGUUCGGCCAUGAAAAAACGUUUCAUAGCAUAGUGUUGUAAACAGAGAUGUUUUUUUGUCUUUAAAUUAAUUUAUAUAUAUUUAACUGUGGAUGAUGGAUGUUUUGCGAUUAAUAUUCAUACGUUGUAUUAUUCUUAGUUAUUUUAUAGAGAUAUGUAUGUGU